AUGCUGGACCCUCAGUGGAACUGCAAAAGGACUCUUCUUGAUGCUACCCUGAGAGGCUACGAACCCACAAACUGGGAUGUUAUAUUCAACAAUGGCUGUAUUGUGCCCUCUCUAACAAGUUGCCUUGAAAAGGAUACUGGGCAGCACGGGGUGGGGUGCGGGGAGUCCUGCGCAUGCGCCCGGUUGGGGUCGGGGUCGGGGUCGGGGUCGGAGUCGGGGUCGAAGGGGGGCGCGGCGCAGGGCCGCCACGUGCAGCGCGUGGGCGGCCGCUCCCCUGCGAAGGCUCAGCGCGAGCGCGCGCGUAAGACUGUCCCUUUGCACCGCGCGUCCCGCCGAGGAGCGAGCGUAGCCCCGGCUGCUCGGCCCGGGCUGGGCAAUGGAGUGACCCGCGGCUGCCGCCCGACUCUACGCCGCGGUGAAAAGUUUAGAGAACUAAUGGAUAAGUUCCUGAAGGCAAACUUCAAUACAGGCUGCCCACCCCUGUUUACUGCUUUGAAAUCUUUAUAUUAUGAUGCAGAAAAGGUUUCUAUAAUCCAGGAACUUGUUGCUAAUUAUGAAGCCUCUCUUAAAACAUGUGACUUUGUUAGCCCUUGUGAAAAUGGGGAGAAGGAACCCCCAACAACUCUACUUCAGGUCCAGUAUUUCCUGGCACAAUACCUUGAUAAACUUGAACAGUACUCUUUGGCUUUGGAGUAUAUUAAUUCUGCAAUUGCUAGUACUCCAACUCUAAUAGAAUUGUUUUAUAUGAAAGCAAAAAUUUACAAGCAUAUGGGUCAUCUCAAAGAAGCUGCACAGUGGAUGGAUGGAGCACAGUCUUUGAACACAGCUGAUAGAUUCAUCGAUUCUAAAUGUGCAGAAUAUGUGCUUCAAGUGAAUAUGAUAAAAGAAGCAGAGGAAAUGUGCUCCAAGUUCACAAGGGAGGGAAUAUCUGCCGUGGAAAAUCUACGUGAAGUGCAGUCUGUGUGGUUUCAGACGGAAUGCAUUUCAGCUUAUCAGCUGCUGGGGAGAUACAGAGAUGCCUUGAAAAAUGCCAUGAAGUAGAAAGGGCAUUUUGUUGAGAUAACUGAAGAUCAAUUUGAUUUCCAUACAUGCUGCAUGAGAAAGAUGAUCCUUUGUGCCUGUGUUGACCUUUUGAGAUUAGAAGAUAGUCUCAGAACAGUGAUUGAAGUAUAUUUGAAAUUAUAUGAUAAUCCCUUAACCAAUGAAAGAAAACAGCAAGAAAUAAAUUCAGAAAACUUGCCAGCCAAAGAACUGAAGAAAAUGCUUAGCAAGCAGAGAAGAGCUCACAAAAAGGCUAAACUAGAAGAAAAGACAAAGCAUGCAGAAAGGGAGCACCAACAAAAAAGUCAAAAGAAAAAAAGAGAUGAUGAAGAAGAAUCCAGUGGUCUUAAGGAAGAACUUGUACCUGAAAAAUUAGAAAGGGUGAGAUGAGUUUACCAUUGAAACCCGUUAGAAGAAGCCAUCAAGUUCCUUACACCUCUUAUGAACCUUGUUGCUGGUAACACUGACACCCAUCUGUUAGCAUUUGAAAUAUAUUUUAGAAAAGGGAAGUUUCUGUUAAUGCUGCAGUCUGUCAAACGAGCUUUUGCCAUCAGCAGUAAUAAUCCAUGGUUACAUGAAUGUUUAGUUAGAUUUUCUAAAUCUGUGUCUGUUCAAAGUAAUCUUCAAGACAUUGUAAGCAAAGUUCUGCCUCAAGAAAUGCAGAAAAGGAAAAUAUUUGUUAACAGGGAUUUGGAAAGCUUUAGUGAAGAUUUUCUCAAAUAUAACACUACCUCUCUUCAGCAUCUACUUUCAGGUGCUAAAAUGAUGUAUUUUCUGGACAAGUCAAGACAAGAGAAAGCAGUUGCUAUAGCCACUGGACUGGAUGAAACUAUAAAAGAUGAAAGUGUAGAGGUACGGCUUUUCAUGGGCUGACGCAUGGAACUGAAUGAUCUAGUAAAACUUGUGUCUUUACAAUAUAAUUCUUAAGCGAAUCACAGAGUUAGGUCUGGAUACAGACCUCGGCUCCACCAAUUAUUAGUCGUGUGGCUUUAGGCAAGUUCUUUCUUAGCUUUAUUUUCUUCACUGUAAUGAUGAAAUACCACACUGUGCAUCUCAAAGAGUCAGUGUAGGACAACCCAUUUGGGACCCCUCCUGUCUCUCAGGAGAUACUCCCAUUCCCCAUUCCCCAUUCCUAGUCUCCAGUAAAUUUUCCUACUCUUAAAAAAAAAAGAAAAAAGAGUCAUUGUAAGAGUUAUGUGGAAUAAUAAGCAUAGAGUAAAUAUGAGCUAUUAUUAAUAAAAGACACUUUAGUGAUUAUAAUUUUAGAGGUUUUUUUCUCAAAUACUAGAUUUUACUGCCUUUUUUUCUACAGUAUUUUUUAAAUAAAAGAAGGAAAACA